CCGGGGGCCGAGCCGCAAAGAUGUUCCUGCGGCCUCUUCCGGCUGCGGGGCGACUUGCGGGGCAGCGACUGAUCGGGGAGCGUCUCUGGGCUCGGGGCUUGGCCGCUGCAGACAUGACCAAGGGCCUUGUUCUAGGAAUCUAUGCAAAGGAGAAAGAAGACGAUGUACCACAGUUCACCAGUGCGGGAGAGAAUUUUAAUAAGUUGGUGUCUGGAAAGCUGAGGGAGACACUCAGCGUAUCUGGACCACCCCUGAAGGCAGGCAAGACCCGAACCUUCUACGGACUUCAUGAGGACUUUCCCAGCGUGGUAGUGGUUGGCCUGGGGAAGAAGACCGCAGGAGUUGACGAGCUGGAGAACUGGAAUGAAGGCAAAGAGAACAUCCGUGCUGCUGUUGCAGCGGGCUGCAGGCAGGUCCAGGAUCUGGAGCUGACAUCGGUGGAAGUGGAUCCUUGUGGGGACGCCCAAGCAGCCGCUGAAGGAGCUGUGCUUGGCCUCUAUGAGUAUGACGAGCUGAAGCAAAAGAAGAAGACGGUGGUGACCGCUAAGCUCCAUGGAAGUGGCGACCAGGAGGCCUGGGAGAAAGGUGUCCUCUUUGCCAACGGGCAGAACUUGGCACGCCGGCUGAUGGAGACACCAGCCAACGAGAUGACGCCCACCAAGUUUGCCCAGAUAAUUGAGAAGAACCUCAAAAGCGCCAGCAGUAAAACGGAGGUCCACAUCAGGCCCAAGUCUUGGAUCGAGGAACAGGAAAUGGGGUCGUUCUUGAGUGUGGCCAAGGGCUCCGACGAACCUCCCGUCUUCCUGGAAAUUCAUUACAAAGGCAGUGCGGAUGCGAGUGAACCACCCCUGGUGUUCGUGGGCAAAGGAAUCACCUUCGACAGCGGUGGCAUCUCCAUCAAGCCUUCUGCCAACAUGGACCUCAUGAGGGCUGACAUGGGUGGGGCAGCCACCAUCUGCUCGGCCAUCGUGUCCGCUGCCAACCUCAACCUCCCUGUCAACGUUGUUGGCUUGGCCCCUCUCUGUGAAAAUAUGCCCAGUGGUAAGGCCAACAAGCCUGGAGAUGUCGUCAAAGCCAAGAAUGGGAAGACCAUCCAGGUUGACAACACGGACGCCGAGGGGAGGCUCAUUCUAGCAGACGCACUGUGCUAUGCCCAUACCUUCAACCCCAAGGUCAUCGUCAAUGCAGCCACCCUCACAGGUGCCAUGGAUGUAGCACUGGGGUCUGGGGCCACUGGGGUCUUCACCAACUCCUCCUGGCUUUGGAACAAACUGUUCGAGGCCAGCGUGGAGACCGGGGACCGUGUGUGGAGAAUGCCUCUGUUUGACCAUUACACCAGACAGGUGGUCGACUGCCAGCUGGCAGAUCUCAACAACAUUGGGAAAUACAGAUCUGCUGGGGCGUGCACUGCAGCUGCGUUCCUGAAAGAAUUUGUGACUCACUCCAAGUGGGCACAUUUGGACAUCGCAGGUGUGAUGACCAACAAAGAUGAGGUCCCCUACCUUCGGAAAGGCAUGAGCGGAAGACCCACGAGGACCCUCAUCGAAUUCUUGCUUCGGUUCGGUCAGAACAGUUCUUAGUCCCCCUUCUCUCAACACCCUUCCUGGGGUCUUGGCUUCGACAGGUGGACAUCAGAAUAUUUUGAGAUCAAUCAAUGAAAAU